AUGAGUCUCAUAAGUUGGAACUGCCGAGGGCUUGGGAACCCUCAGGCAGUUCGCGACCUUUGUCAACUGACGAAGGAAAAGAAGCCCAUCAUUUUGUUUCUUAUGGAGACAAAGUGUAGGAAGAAUAAAAUGGAGGUUGUACGGGUGAAAUUGGGGUUUGAAGGUAUGUUUGUGGUGGACCCCAUCGGAAGAAGUGGUGGACUUGCAUUGUUAUGGAAGGAUAUUAGCUUGCUGGAAAUUCAAAAUUUUUCUAGGCGACAUAUUAAUGCAAUUGUGAAAGAAGAGGGUACGGGGUAUUCUUGGAAAUUGACUGGUUUUUAUGGACAUCCGGAGUGGCAAAAACGACAUGAAUCUUGGGCACUACUAAGGCAUUUAAGGAGUUACAACCCGAUACCUUGGCUAUGCGUGGGAGACUUUAAUGAAAUAACGAGCCAAUCGGAGAAGUAUGGAGAAGUACCACGGAAGGAAUCCCAAAUGGCCCAAUUCCGAGAGGCAUUGGAAGACUGUCACUUAGGUGAUUUAGGGUUUACGGGCUCUAAAUUUACGUGGACAAAUUGUAGGCAAGAUGGUGGUUUCAUUAAAGAAAGGUUAGAUAGGGCGGCGGCAAAUAGUGGUUGGUAUCAUAAGUUUAAAAGGGUGGACGUGAAGAUUUUGGCUGCUCGUACAUCUGACCAUAAGCCCAUAUUUAUCACUUACUCAGAAAAGGAAGGGGAAUUCAUGCAAGUCAAACAAAGAACCAAAUUUGAAGCCAAGUGGCUCUUAGAUGAGGGAGCCACGGAUGUCCUUAAGAGGGCCUGGUGUGAUGACACUCUUGGAGGAACAAGUGUACAGGUGGUACAACAAAAAUUGGAGGCGUGUAAAGGUGCACUCAAAAGAUGGAACUGGCAAAAACACGGCAAUUUUGAGAAAGCUGUCAAAGAAAAAACCCAGCAACUAGAAAUCAUGCAGCGAAAUGAAACAGUGAUGGAUGGGUGA